GUGCAAUUAUUUUUGUGUAUUGCAUUUAUGAAUAAUUACAAAUUAGAUUGAAAUGAGUUCAAAUAGUGCAAAAAUUAAAUAUAUUGUGGCAGACACAACUGCUUUCAUCAAUGCAGUGCCGCUAAAUGAAUAUGCGGAUAAUGUGCUAACUGUGCCGGAUGUGGUGGCUGAGGUGCGCAAUAAGCGUCAAAUCCGUCGGCUCUGUGUGCUGCCCUUUGAUCUUCAGGUGCGAGAACCUCGUCCAGAGAGCGUUAAGCACUGCGUGGAGUUCGCCAAGAAGACGGGAGACUACGCAAGCUUAUCAGGCAUAGAUUUAAAGGUGAUUGCACUUACCUAUGAGCUGGAGGCAGAUACAGUGGGCACGGAGCACUUACGCACUGAGCCUGUCGUAUCGACGGUGAUUGCAUCCAAGGAGAAGCCUGAGGAAAUGCAGGAUGUUAACAAUAAACGCCUUGUAGGCUGGUAUAUGCCCGAAGGCAACGAAGAAGAGGAAGAUGAUGAUGGCGACGACGACGAGGAAGGAGAUGAAGAGGAAGAGGAGGAGCAGGUCGUUGAGGAGGAUAAAGUUAAGGCAAAUAUUGAGGCACAGCUAUUAGGCGAAGCCACAGAAAGCAAAACUACAGAAGCUACUACUACUGCUGCUGCUGAUGACGAUGAGGACGAGGAAGAAGAUGAUCUUACACAGGAGCAACUAGAUAAGCUAUUUGAAAAACUAAAGUGUGACGCUUCUGCAGAUGAGGAGCAGGCUGCAUGCGAGCUGCUGGUAGCUCAGCCAAAGGAUGAGGACGAAAGCGAAGAGCAACAAAUGCCCGCGAUUAAUAACAACGACGAUGAAGAAGUAGGUAACGAUGGUUGGAUAACCCACUCGAACAUCAAAAAGGCCAAAAAAGCCCUCGAAGGCAAAGUGGAGUUAGACAUUGUGCCGCCAGUGGCGUGCAUGACCACAGAUUAUGCGCUACAGAAUGUGCUCAAGCAGCUGAAUCUACAGCUGGCCGCGCUCAAUGGACGCAUCAUAAAACAGCUGCGCACAUAUAUCCUACGUUGUUAUACUUGCUACAAGACCACAAGUAUUAUGACCAAGGUAUUCUGUCCCAAAUGUGGUAACAAGACAUUGAAGCGUGUGGCCGUCAGCCUGGAUGAGAACGGCAAGCAAGUGAUACAUAUUAACACACGUCGCUCAUUGACUGCCAAAUACAAGAAUCAAAGCUUGCCACGUUUCCAAGGCGGCAAGCACUCGCGCAAUCCUAUUCUGUUUGAGGAUCAGCCCAUGCCACGCCAGAUGCCAUCGCGUGUAGCCAAGACAAAGACAAAUGCCUUGAACGAGGAUUACAUAGCGGGUUUCUCGCCUUUUGUUAUGCGCGACGUCGACUCCAAGUCAGCCAUGCUGCGUUCCAAAGGCAAUCUCAAGGAGUGGGCGCGCAAUAAUAACUUCGAGGAGGAUCGUCGGCGCAAAAACUAUAAUCGCUUGUACAAGUAGAGGGGGUCCAAAUGCAUUUGGGUGGGAUAUUUGUUUUGUAA